AUGAAGGCUGCAGUAAAAAACAGUGGAAUGUCAUCAAUUCCAUGCUUUAUCCAUACUUUGCAGCUAUGUAUUCAUGACUCUAUAUUUAGCCAAGAAAUCAUCAAGGAAAUUUUAACUUUAUGCAGAGGAAUAACAACACAUUUUAAUUAUUCACCAAUAGCAUGUGCAAAAUUAAAAUCAAUUCAGCAGCAGUUAAGUACUGUACCUCACAAAAUGAAACAAGAUGUUCCAACUCGCUGGAACAGUUCAUUUGAAAUGCUACAAAGAAUGUUUGAACAAAAAGUUCCUUUGGCCACCUAUGCAGCAGAAUAUGAUGAAAUUAAACUUCCUACUAAUUAUCAAUGGGGAAUAGUCGAAAAACUUGUUCACAUUCUUGCUCCAUUUAAAAACUUAACAAAAAAAUGUGGUAGGAGGGACGAAACUUGCGCACAAAUUAUACCAUCUGUUCUUGCAUUAAAAGUUUUAUUACAAAAAGCUUCAUCAAGUGAUAUAUACGCUGGGAUUAUGACGAUGAUUGAUGAACUAAUAAAAUCUGUUACUAAAAGACUUGAUAAAUUUUUGCUUAAUAAAAUGUUAUGUGUAUCAACAUUUUUGGAUCCACGAUAUAAAUUACUUUAUCAACAUGCAGAUGAAAAUGUUAUUAAGGAGUGGGUUGAAGAAGCAUGGAAAGAAAUGCAAGGAGCGCAAGAUGUUGUUGACUCUGACUCCGACAAUGCUCCAAUAGUAAAAGCUCCAGCAUCUAAUGGAUUCAUUAGCAUUGAUGAUUGUUUUAAAGAUGUAGCUUCUAUGAGAACCGGAAGAAAGCAGAGUGGAAGACGUUCCGAGGCAGAAAGAGAAUUAGUAGAUAUUGAAGUUGUUACCACUGACAUAAUUAAGAAGCAAACAAAAUUAAAGUCUGCAAUUACUCAAGAAAUAGACAACUACUUAUCUCUGCCUCUUUUUGAAAAUAAAAGUUCUCCGUUUUUGUGGUGGAGUAAAUGUGGAAUGCAAUUUGAAAAACUAAAAAAGAUGGCAUUAAAAUAUCUUACAGCACCUCCGUCAUCAAUAGAAAGUGAAAGGUUGUUUAGUGCUGGUGGGGACAUAUACGAAGCAACAAGGAGCAGACUAAAAGCAGAUAACGGAGAAUACCUAAUUCGAGAAGGUCUACCUUUUUUUGCAAUUCUUUAUAUUUCUUAA